CGACCUAUGCCUGGUCACUCUGGACAACCUUAACGAGGACAAAACACGCUUUGAGGGCACAGACAGAGCUUUUGGCAGCACAUAGAAUGACGUUGGGCGCGAAAUAUGCAAACGCGCGUUUCCUCGGAAGCACUUCCGCUUUCUCCCACUACAGAAAAAAAAUCGCGGUGGCGAAUCUAUUCCAGAAGUACGGUUUCCCUCCUUCCCUCGUCUCCUUCUUCCUCUCUCGCAACCCUUCCAUUCUCCACUCUCCUCUCCCUCAACUCCACCAUUCGCUCACCACACUCUUCUCCCUCCGCAUCCCCCAAAACGACAUCGUUUCCCUCCUCACUACCAAUCCUUCCCUCCUCCACCAUUCCUUCCACGACGCCCUCCAAUCCCGUCUCCCCCAACUCCAAACGCGCUUCCCCACACUCUCCCCUUCCACCCUCCUCAACCUCUUCCUCUCUUCCACAAAGUUACACCUCGACCCGCUCCACCUCUCCCCCAAACUCAACGCGCUCAAAACCGAUUUCGCGUUUUCCGACGCCACCGUGGCUAGCGUUCUGGAAGGGUUCCCCGACGUGGUCGUCACGAGCGAGAACGAAAUCGCGAGCGUGAUAGAUUUUCUUGCGGAGUUCGGAAUUCCGCGGGACGAGAUUGAUCUCGUUGUCCGUUCCUUUCCUAGGGUUUUGGCGCUCGGUGUUGAGCAGAGGCUGAGGCCGUUGUUUCGGGAAAUCAAGGAGCUAGGGUUUUCCAAUCGUGAGAUGAGGAGAGAGAUCUCGCGGGACCCGAGGAUUCUGGGGAUGGAAAUUGGAGAGCUUACGCGGUGUUUGAGGCUGAUAGAGAGUUUGAAAUGCAGGGAAAGUAUCAAAGAGAGGGUUAUUGAUUCGGGUCUGAUGAGAGCGUGUUUUGAGGUGAAAUUAAGAGUGGAUUGUUUGUGUGGGUAUGGUUUGACUCGAAGGGAUGCUCUGAAGAUUAUCUGGAAGGAGCCUCGGGUGAUUUGUUACGAGGUUGGGGAUAUUGAGAGGAAGGUUGAGUUUCUGGUGCAGAGGAUGAAGUGUAGUGUGGAGUGUUUGGCUGAGGUGCCUAAAUACUUGGGUGUGAAUUUUGAGAAGCAGAUUGUGGCCAGGUACAGUGUGGUGGAGUGUUUGAGGGGGAAGGGUGCCAUUGGGUUUGAGAUUGGGUUGAAGGAUUUGGUUAUGCCUUCUAGGCUUAGGUUCUAUAAUCUUUAUGUGAAGCCAUACCCGGAGUGUGAAAAGAUCUAUGGAAGGUUUUCUGGGUGUGGUGUUCAAGUUAAGAUGAAGCAUCCCCCUGGACUGUGGAAACUUUUUAAACCGCAGAAGUUUGCUGAAAGGGAUGAAGAUGUGAAGAACGUGAGGUCAUUCAUGGAGUCUCUGGUUUAGUGGUCUGAUCUUUGCGUAUGGUGUUGGUUGGAACUUUGAUUUUGGUGGGAUGAAUUUGAGUCGAUGAAUGACAUAAAAAUCGAGUUUUGACUUGAGUGGAGCAAGACUUGGAAGUUCAUUCAUUGGAUUGCGAAGAAGCUAAUUACUUGAAAUCGGUGACAAUAUCACUUGCUCUCUUGAAAAUUGCGUUUUGUUUACGGCAGCACUGCAUCUGACAUGAAAGUUCCUCGAAAAGCUUUUCGAAUCAUGAAACAAGAUUCCUUUCGGAGCACAAAAUGUGUAAUAUUCUUUGAUAGUUUAUACAUUUCCCCGUUGUUUUGGACUGAUCGGCUUAGUUUCUAGAAUAGUUCCAGGUGUGCUUAGUUUUAGUACUGAAGGAAGGUUUGUUGCCACCGGAAGUACUGAUACAAUAAUAAAGCUAUUUGAGGGUUUGAAGAUCAAUCAGAUGUAGCUACCAGAGGCAAAGGAUGGUCCUGCGGUCAGUCAUUCGAACAUAUUAUGAUCGUAUAUACAAGUGCCUUUGCGUUUUCUGAUAUACCUGUGACAGAAUUUGUGUGGUUACUAUUUUGAGAUUAUUGAGUUAUGUUUAGAUAGAUUUUUCCAUUUUUACUUAUAAUAAGAGAAGAAAAAUAGAUAAAUUUAUCUAUUAAGCUAAAACUACUUAAACAUAAAUUGACUUAAGUUUUUUUAGAUAAAUUAAAUAAGAAGUUUUGCAAACCACCUGUCCUUAUGGAAAUGGUAUGGUGGUCACAAGGUUGAACCCAAUAACAGUUUCAAGUGUAAGUUACUUAACCUUAGCAUAUGCAAGGAACAUUUGGCACUAGGGUACGCUAGUUUUUUUCUUUUCUUAUGUGCUCUUAGCCAAAUUUAUCCAAGCAGAGUCUCUUUUUCAGAUUUAGUUCUCUGAAGCUAGGGAUGUUCGUAGUUGUAAUUAUUUUUGGUUUGACAAAUUUACUUGGUAUAUAAAGCAUUAUCUAUCAACAUGCCAAUCUGAGUCUUCUUUAAGCUUUUUUCUUUGCAAAUUGUUGUGAUUAUUAAGUGAUCCUUGGAAAUUGCUAUUGUAAUUUUUUUUGUUUUUCUUAUAUAUAUAUAAACUGAAGUCAAUAAAUGAUCUGGAUUUUUUGUUAGACUCGAUAAUAUGCAUUUCAUGUGUAUUUUAUUACCAUGUUUCUGUCUUUUCUUUUGGAAACACUCUUACACAAUCUGACAUGCUGUGUAAUAUAUUUUAGGAUUUUUUGGGUUUCAAUGCUUUGUUUUGAACACAGAAAAUUCUUGAAAACUUUUAUUCUAAAAGUGACGAAGAAUUUUUUUUUUUCGGAUUUCUGAGUAAUCUAAGGUUUAUAGGUCUAUAAGUUUCUGUGGCUAAAAUGAUAAUUUACAUGACAUUCAACAGCUAUAUAAGCUUGAUAAGAAAUUAUUCGAAUAUAGUAGCCUACAAGAAAUAAGAGCUAAACCAAGAACCAGCAAAUUGUCUACGAGACUUGCCUCUUUUUUAUAUUUAUAGAGUAACUACGAUUUUAAAGAAAUACAACGGCUAAAAUGUUCUUAUUUUUUUCUUAGUUCAUAAAUACUUGAUAAUCUCUUUUUGAAAAACUAAAAAAAAUUAUUCAUAACAUUAAAUCUUAAUUUGAUUAAAAACCUGUUAGAGGUAAAUUACGACUUUAGUUAUGGAAACCGUUUAGUAAGUCUGGGUAUAAAGUGCAGUAAUUAAAUAUAUAUUUCCUUCAAUUGUAAAAUUGUUUAUAUUGAUUUCAUUAUAACGUCAUUCUAUUAUGUCAUAUGUAUAUAUAUAUAUAUAUAUAUAUAUUAUUGGCAAAACAAGAUGUAUAUUGUUGCAAGAUUUUGAUGAUGAUGUCACCUACGAGGAACUUCAAGUAAAUAUUUGAAGAAUUGUCUCCUCCUGAUUAAGCCUCUUGUAAUAAGUUAUAAUUGAUAUCUAGUAUUUAAGUUAGUUUAGAAUUUCAUAAAACAACAACUAGCACUUAACCACUCUUAGGGGAUGUUUUUUACUUUUACAAAACACAAUGUGAUAAUCUAUUAUUCUCAAAUUUUGAAACGAAAAUCAAUUAUCACCUUAAAAUAAUCGAUUAUCAGGCUAUGUAGGAUGAUAACUUUUGAAAACUAGUCAUUGUAACAACUAGAUUUGCAUUAAAAUCUGCAGUGUAACCGUUGGAAACCCUCUAGUUAUAAAUAUUGGCCUUAGAAUUCGUAUGUUCACUCAUAAAUUUCUUAGUUAUCACUCAUCCCUCUUGUCUGAAUUCUAGACACCCUUCUAGCUCUUCAAUCUCUAACAUUUUCGUCCCCUUUCUCCACUUCCUAUUCAAUGUCUGAUUCAUCAUGCAGAAAGAUCCCAACCAGAAGAAGGAGUGCUCAUCUCUCCACUCAACCUCUACCAAGAAAUGCCUCUAUUGAAGGAUGAAUUUCCAAUGACGAAAGGAGAUCAUAGUUUCUCAAUAUAUGGAAAGACAAACCUUUAGUUACACCAAAAUUCAUCAAUUCUCAAUGGCUCAUUGCUCAUGGUUUUCAUUACCCAACUCUUAUUGCAGAACAGGGCAUCAAGUACUUUGCAGAAAUGGAAACUUAGUAAGAGUAUUUUACUAUAAUUUCAAAUACAGGGAUGGAGUAGCCUUCAACAAAGUCAAAGGCAUCUAUAUUAUUCCUGACAAUUAUAUUUAGGAAAACGUAGCGAAAUUUCCUAACAAUGAAGAUGUUAUACCAAUUCUGACUGGCAUUAAUGGGUUCAACAGGAUUCUAGCAUAUUAUUUCUAAGAAAUCCCUAGCAGGUUGUAAGAAAAAAAUUACUGGUAGGUGCACUCUAAGUAGAUGAGUGACUCAUUCAGUAUCUAAUUGUUUGGAUAUUGUGUCCCCGUGGCAAAAUUCACGCUUAAUGCACUUAAGCAGAUCUCUUUAUCAUUUAUGAAUUGUUAAACCAUAUUUUUAUUGACUGGUCAAGCCUGAUCAUUGAUACAAUGCUCAAAGCAAAGUGCUUUCUUGCAUAUGCUCUCCCAUACUCACUACUCAUCUCUAGGAUCUAUGAAUAUAAAGGUGUGAACACAAUUGGUAAACAAGUUCAAAUGAUUAGUGAUGCAAAUGAAAUUUUUGAUGGUUCACUAAAACAGAUGAAGUUUGUUCUCUUUCGAGAUCAAUGUAUUCACAUAGAUGAAGUGCCCCAAUAUGACAAUGAUGACGAAGUCCCUGCUCCUGCUCUUGUACAUGCUGUUCAUGUUCAUGUUGGCUCUUCAAGUGGUGUUGUUGGAUCCUCCUCCUUGGAAGAAAACAUCUCAAACAUGAAUAAAAGGAUAGAAGAAUUGCUUAUUCUUUCAGGCGCCCGUCAUGAAGAAGUGGUUGGUCUUUUUAGGGUAUAGAUGCUAGAGUUUCCAAUCUAGAGGAUAUAUUUUAUAAGCAUUUUGGAGUCAAUGAUGACAAUGAUAUGAGUGAAGACUUUUACGGGCGAGCUUCUUGUAUUAUUAUUUUUUUGAAUUAUUUACUUGCUAUUGUACUGCUCUUUUUAUCAUUUAAAUUGUAAAUUCUAAGGGGAGUCUAUAUGUCA